AUGAAAAAGAAUGUUGGCGGCGACGGCGGAGGCGAACGCAAGUCCCUGCGGAACAGGCGCCGGCGGGGGUUGGACGGUGACGGACCCUUGCCGUCCCCACCUGUGCCUCCAACACCGACCGUGGCCACGGCUACCGUCACCAGCGGAGCGCUGCACAGACUUCAGGCGGUGUCGGCUGCAUCCGCAUCGUCAUCGGUGGCGGAAGCGGCGUCGGUGGUUGUGGCGGUUGACGGAAGGGAUUCGACCGCGACCGCGACCCCAGUGACAGACGAUUGGCUAUUCGCCGAUUGGUUGAACGGCGGCGGUGGUGGUGGAGGUAGCGGUGGAGGCGCAGUUGCAACAGGUGUCCCGGAGCAGCAUCAGCACCAGCAGCACCAACAACAGCCCGAAGCCGAUAUGAUCAUGGAGUGCAGUGCCCUUGAGCCAGGCGUCGGGCCUCUCCAUCAUGCGCAUCACCACCAUCACCAUCAUCAUCAUCACCACCCGUACUUGUUGGCCGAGUCUGCGGCUGCCGUCACCACGGCCACCACUGCCGCUGGACACUUUAACGUGCUCAGCUUCGAAACGUACAAGGGCGGCGUGGCCACCAGCACGGGUGGACACGUGGGCAACGGUGGACACGGCACCGGUAACUCAGCGUGCCACAGCCCAGCACAGGGAAACGCCGGCACCGAUCUCAACACGCCCGUCACGACGAGCGCCGAAGUACCUUCGUUUUUCGGCCCAUCCACAGUCGUAGAACCGCCACUCAUAACAGGAUCAUUGCAAGAUACUGACGAAAAUGGUAGCAAUAGAAGUGGUAUAGAACACAAGCUAGAGGUAUCUCUUCAAUUAAAAACAGAAGCCAUCGGAGGUGAACCGGAACAGGACGAUGCCGGUCAGGACGUCAUGUACACAACUAACUCCAGCAUACCACCAGGGCAGUCUAGGAUCAGCUAUAGGUUCUCCACGAAUAGUCCUAUGCAAACAGCUCCGUGCUCAACUAGUUCCUCAAAUAACAAUAACAACAACCACCUCAGCACUUCUUGGCUUUUGCCUAGCCCAGACAAGAAUAUUUUUCCACCUUUAUUCAACCUGCUCCAACCUCAACCGUCGAGCACGCCCACCUCAUACCACAGCUCCAGUCCUCACUACGAAGACAGAUCUCAACAGAGUCAAGUAGAAUUGCUUGGAAUGAGUAUCGACUGUGGUAAACAAGCACCACCUACGUACGCCAGUUGCGGAGUGACUGGAAAUGACCAAGAUCUCAUAUACCAUAACCGUGGUCAAAUGAUGCAACAACAGUCGUCGCCAGUGAAUAAAUACCAUUGGUUGGACUCACCGGUCGAAUACGGUGGACAGCAACAACAACAACAGCAACAGCAAUUACAAUCUCAACAACAACAACAAAUGAUUCCCAAACAAGAGUUCACAAACGUGGUAAACGUAGACGUUCAGUCCCCAGGUUCAUCGAGCGUGUCGCAGGGAGGCUACAGCGUCCAGCUAGCUGAGUAUAACCCAUCGACAAGCAAAGGACACGAAAUACUAUCGCAAGUGUACCAGCAGUCAUCACUACCACUGAAGCUAGUCCCGGUGAAACCUCGGAAGUACCCAAACAGACCUAGCAAGACGCCGGUGCACGAGAGACCAUAUGCAUGUCCGGUGGAGCAUUGUGACCGUCGGUUCUCCAGAUCGGAUGAACUUACAAGGCACAUCCGUAUACACACGGGCCAAAAACCGUUCCAGUGUCGUAUAUGCAUGCGAUCGUUCUCCAGAUCUGAUCAUCUUACGACACACAUUCGAACGCACACUGGCGAGAAACCGUUUACAUGUGACGUGUGUGGUCGUAAGUUCGCAAGGAGCGACGAAAAAAAGAGACACGCAAAGGUUCACUUGAAGCAACGGACGAAAAAAGAAACCAAAAUGGCGGCACUUCUAGCACAACAACAACAACAACAACAACAACAACAACAACAACAGCAGCAGCAGCAGCAGCAACAACAGCAGCAACAACAACAGCAACAACAGCAGCAUCAGCAGCAAGGAUCGUCGCAACAACAGCAUAUGCAUCACAUGGGAUUCCAAACAGGUGACACUGGUCACAUGUAG